GCAACCCCCCGGUCGGAUUAGACAACACUCAGUCUGUCAGGGAAGUCGGUCGGGACUUUAAAACAUUGGAAAACAUGAAGUAAAAACUUUCUGAAGCUGAAGAAAGUAACAUGAUUUCUUGGGAGGACUAGUCCGGCUAACAGCCGAAGACUCCUGCAGCCUGUGGAUAAAAUGCGUUUCAUUAUAUGACCGUUUUGUUGCCGCUGUCAGCAUGGCAGGUAUUUUAACGUGUUUGAAGCGGGGACUGAAGGUUGACGUGCUGAGGGAAGCUGGCCGUCAGUAUCCAGUCUUCUGCUUCCUGCUGCUGUCUAUGCUCUCUCUCACCGUGCUGCUCAACAGGUAUAUCCACAUCCUGAUGGUCUUCUGGUCGUUUGUGGCCGGUGUCGUCACUUUCUACUGCUCCCUCGGACCAGAGUCCCUUCUCCCAAAUAUCCUCUUCAACAUAAAGCCAAGGAACACACAGCGGCAGGAGCAGGAGUUGUUUCCUCUGGGCCACAGCUGUGCCGUGUGUGGAAAGGUCAAGUGCAAACGUCACCGGCCGACCCUGCUGCUUGAAAACUAUCAGCCAUGGUUGGACCUGAAGGUUCAUUCAAAGGUGGACGCUUCAAUAGCAGAGGUGUUCGAGUUAGUUCUGGAGAACUUUGUGUUCCCCUGGUACAGGGACAUCACAGAUGACGAGGCGUGCGUGGACGAACUGAGGAUGACCUUUCGCUUCUUCGCAUCAGUGCUCAUCCGCCGGGUUCAGAAGGUCGAUGUUCCUGCCGUGUUUGCUGACAAAGUGAUGAAAGCUGCGAUGAAGCAUAUUGAAAUUAUUGCAAAAGCUCGAGAUAAAGUGAAGAACGUGGAGGCUUUACAACAGGCAGCUCUGGAUGAAUACGGCACCGACCUCCACGUCGCUCUGCACAGCCGAAAAGACGAACUGCUCUACCUGAGGAAGCUGACCGAGAUGCUGUUUCCCUACGUCAUGCCUCCCAAAGCAACAGACUGCAGGUCUCUGGCUCUGCUGCUGCGGGAGGUGAUGGCUGGAUCGGUCAUAUUACCCACCAUGGAUUUCAUGGCUGACCCUGACACUGUGAACCUCCUGGUGCUGCUCUUUGUUGAUAAUAGUCCACCUGAACCAGCCACAGAGCCUCCGUCUACCCUGGUUCCAUUUUUACAGAGAUAUGCAGACAUCAGCAACAAGAAGUCGUCUGUGCUGAAGUUGGAGCUGAAGGAGAUCAGGGAAGAGCAGGAUCUCCUUUUUCGUUUCAUGAACUUCCUGAAACAGGAAGGAGCCGUGAACGUGCUGCAGUUCUGCCUCACCGUUGAGGAAUUCAACGAUAAGAUCCUGAGUCCGGAGCUGAGCGACUCUGAGCUGCAGCGUCUGCACGGCGAGGUGCUGGACAUGUACGAGACCUACUGCCUGGACGAAAGCAUCGACAAGAUCAGCUUCGACAAGUUCAUCGUGGAGGAGAUAAGGAACAUCGCUAAAGGUCCGUACGCCGACGUGGUGAAGCUGCAGACGAUGCCCUGCAUGUUUGAGGCGUACGAACACGUCCUGUCUCUGCUGGAGAAAGUCUUCACCCCGAUGUUCUGUCACAGCGACGAAUACUUCAGACACCUGCUGAGAGGCGCCGAGUCUCCAACGAGGAACUCAAGAAUUAACAGAAAUAGCUUCAGUUUGGAAGAAAACAGAAACACUUCAAAACGAGGCGAGUCGUUCGGGAUCAGCAGGAUUGGCAGCAAAAUCAAAGGUGUGUUCAAGAGCACGACCAUGGAGGGAGCCAUGCUGCCACCCAGCGCCAUGAACGACUUCGGCGAGGAUUUGGUGGAGGAGGCGACUGUCGUGAUGGAGGACGACUGCCCCGCCGAGCCGGCCAGCACACCGGGCGCCCUGAGGAACCUGUCGGCCUGGAGCAUCACCAUCCCUUACAUCGACAUCUACGACGACGAGGCCAAGAGGGAGAAGAUCCCCGUCUUCUGCAUCGACGUGGAACGCAACGACAGGAAGGAAGCUGGUCAUGAAACUGAAAAGUGGUCGGUCUACAGAAGAUAUCUGGAGUUCUACGUACUAGAAUCCAAACUCACCGAGUUCCACGGCACAUUUGCAGAUGCGCAGCUUCCAUCCAAAAGAAUUAUUGGACCAAAGAAUUACGAGUUCCUCACAUCAAAAAGAGAAGAAUUUGAGGAAUAUUUACAGAGACUCCUGCGGCAUCCAGAGCUCAGUAACAGUCAGCUGCUGGCAGACUUCCUGUCUCCGUACAGCAUGGAGUCUCAGUUCCUGGACAGGAUGCUGCCUGAUGUCAACCUGGGAAAGAUUUUCAAGUCUGUACCAGGGAAGCUGAUGAAAGAGAAAGGACAGAACCUGGAGCCUUUCAUCCAGUCCUUCAUCAACUCCUGCGAGUCGCCAAAACCCAAACCCAGCAGACCCGAGCUGACCAUCCUCAGCCCCUCCACCGAGAACAACAAGCGGCUCUUCAGCGACCUGUUCAAGAACAACGCAAACCUGGCAGAGAGUCUGGAGUGGAGAAGCAACCAAAACUGCUUCAUGGAUAUGGUCCCUGUUGACGGCAUGUAUGACUACAUGAUGUACGUCGGUCGUGUGGCGUUCCACAUACCGGACUGGCUGCACCACAUCCUGGCCGCGGGGAGGAUCCUGUUCAAGAACACCUUCGAAGCCUACAUGGACCAGUACAUGCUGUCUAAACUGGAGCAGAUCCUCCAGGAGCACCACCUGGUCUCCCUCAUCACACAGCUCAGAGACGCCGUCUUCUGUGAGAGCAGCGUACAGCGAACCACAGAGGACAAACAAGUCAGAGCCAAGAAGACCUUUGAGGAGAUGAUGAAAUAUUUACCAGACUUUGUGGGGAAGUGCAUCGGCGAGGAGGCAAAAUACGAAGGCAUUCGGCUCCUCUUUGAAGUAUUCCAGCAGCCGCUCCUCAACAAGCAGAUGACGUACGUCCUGCUGGACAUCGCCGUGCAGGAGCUUUUCCCUGAACUCUGCAAGAUCUGGUCACCUUAAUUCAGGAGGUAAAGACUAACCAUGGCAUCACAGAUGAGGCUUCCCAGGUUGCAUUCCCGAAAUCGACACUCUUGGGAGGUCCCGUUCAGGAAGACCAGAGUCUUUCCCACCUCCUGAGCCGAGUAGUUGGCCAGAUUCUUUUUCCAUUCCUCCACAUCGGCGAGAAUUUCUGGAUCUGGGUGUGACAUUUCAUUUCAUUAAACAUUGAGAUAACAACUCA